AUCAGAUUUAAUAAUCCUGAGCUGUUCAGAAUGAUAUAUAUAGUCUGAAACUCUGUCUAAAUCAUCGAACGAAUGAACGGGAUGUACUUGUGUGAGCAGAGAGAUCAAAUCCGUCUUGUACUCUAUCAGUCAAAGAAAUAAUUACAACCGAUCGACAUCGAUUUCAACGAAUCAACGACGCUGCACCGGUUUAACACUUCAUUGUAGAGAAUCACUUAAGAACACGCUCUUCUUUGAACAAUCGUCAUUCUGUCGAGUUGUAACGUGCUGUUGAUUACUCUUACCGAGUUCCAAGACAGAUAUUAAACGAGUGAAAAAAAAAUUUCUCAAGUCACAUAAAUAGCACGGUGGCACAAAAUCUAAGUUCGAUAGUAUAAUUUUACCGACAAACAGCGAAAAUGAAUGAUUCGAGAUUCACACUUGAGGACAAUGUACUCAAGGGAAAGGUUGUUCCUUAUCCUCCGUUCGAGUUCAACAGUUUGGGGGAACUCAUACUAGCCAGUCUGAAAAAUAAUCCAAAAUUAGUAGGGCAGAUCGAUGGUAAGACUGGCGAAGAAUACACCUUCGACCAGAUGCGGGACAGGAGCGUGAGAUGUGCUCUGUGGAUGAAGGCUCACGGUUUGCUCCCAGGAGACGUUGUUGUAGUUUGCGACAACCAACAUCUGGACGUCGCGAUGCCGUGUUACGCAGCCCUCUACGUUGGAGCCAUUUUCAAUCCCUUAUACGUCGGGAUGAGCAAACGGGACUUUUGUCAUAUGAUGAAAACAACUGCACCAAAAAUGGCAUUCGUCAACGAAGAAUUAGCUACCACCUUUGCCGCGGCGGCCGAAGAAAUUAAUCUUGACCUGAAGAUCAUAGUUUUUGGUCGCGUUUCCGGGUUUUUUGAGUUUGAAAGAAUAAUCAACGAGCAAGAAAACGAAAAGGUCCAAAACUACGAAUGCACACCGGUGAAAAGUUCUGGUGAUACUGCGGUAAUCCUGUGUACUUCUGGAACCUCAGGCUUGCCGAAAGGUGUUGCACUGUCACACCUAGUUUUGAUGAAGGUGCAAAACCGACCGGCACUUUCUGUACUGCAAGCCGACAGAGCUUUAAUCGUCACACCUCAAGCAUGGGUCACUGGAACUUUCACCAUGCUUUUUACUGUUUGCGCAAAGGCAACUAGACUAAUACCGCCGCCCUUCGACGAGAAUACAGCUUGCGCGCUCAUCGAAAAGCUCAAAAUACAUUCAGCCUUCUUACCCGUCAAUGUAAUGAACAGAUUGGUAAAAUCGGACGCCGUGAAAAAAUACGAUCUGUCCAGCCUGAAAGAUGUUACAAGCAGUGGAGCCAUUCUAUCAGUUGCUGCUCGGGAGGCCUUUAUCAAGGCUGUACCCAGCGCCACGAUCACCGUUGGUUACGGUAUGACGGAAGUCGGUGGUGUGAUCAUACGCCAGUCGCCUGGAUCGAAAUUUGGAUCAUCCGGUCAUGUGCUAGAGGAUAGCCAGCUGAAAGUGGUCGACCCAGCCACCGGGAAAGUACAGGGAGCCAAUAAAGAAGGUGAACUAUGGUUGAAGAGUUGCACUAUGAUGAACGGCUACUACAACAAUCCAGAAGCUACUGCUAAAGCGAUCGACGAGGAAGGAUGGAUGCACUCGGGAGAUCUUGGCUACUAUGACGAGGACGGUGAGAUUUUUGUGGUGGACAGAUUGAAGGAUCUGAUCAAGUAUCGAGGUUACCACAUAUCUCCAGCUGAUAUCGAGGAUGUGCUUUUGCCUCAUCCUGGUGUCAAGGAGGUUGCUGUCGUGGGCUUGCCUCAUCCUCUGGACGAUGAGCACCCUGUUGCUUUUGUAGUCAGAGCAGAGUCUUCUGCGACCGACCAAAAGGUUACCGAACAGCAAUUGAUUGACUUAGUGGCCACGGAAAUGGGUGACUUUAGUCAGCUGCGCGGCGGAGUCAAGUUCGUCGAUUGUCUCCCGAGAACAGAGUCCUACAAAACUCUGCGCAGAUAUCUACGUGAUUUGGCAACAUCUGUGGCAGCUUCGUAAAAUGAUAGAAAAAGAAGUUUUAUUUAUCUACGGGAUACUGAUUAUUCGAAAUAAAAUAUGUAACAUCCUAAGGCGUCAAAGUAAAUCAAAGAUGAAAUCUUCACGCGUACUGACGUUUGUACGAAUGGUGGAAAUGAAAUAAACAUCAGCAAUACCUUGGUCUAGAUCGUCAAGUAAAAUAAUGGUACUGCCAUCGAUAAGUAUCCAACACUGGGUUUAUUUGAUUCUACAUCGUCAGUAUCCCCAUCUAACUAAGAACUUGCACUUAGACUUUCUAUUUGUAUUUUAAUGUAUUACUAUCACAGAUAUAUUGAUACAAAGAUAUUUAACAUCGCCACAAAAAAGCAAAUUAAUAAACAGUAUUAAACCGUCAUUCGCUGUUUGUGCAUUAGGUUGCGUUUUCACGAAUUGAGUCUAACGAUGAGAUAAAAUUGAAGUACUA